AUGUUCGCUAAAAUUUUGGCUAUUUCCGCUUUGGUAGCUUGCGCUCAAGCUGGUGUCUUCGAACUUGGACAUGGACAACAUGCCAGUUCUUACUCUUCAAUCAACCAACAUGUAGCUCCAGUUGCUCAAUACGCCGCUCCAGUUACUGCUCACUAUGCUGCCCCAGUAGCUCAUUAUGCCGCCGCCCCAGUAGCUCAGUACGCCGCUCCAGUUGCUCAUUAUGCCGCCGCCCCAGUAACUCAAUAUGCCGCCCCAGUUGCCCAUUACGCUGCCCCAAUCGUCAAGGCCGUCCACCAAGAAGUAUACCCAGACAGCCACCCACAAUAUACCUACGAAUACGGUGUCCAAGACGCCCAUACUGGUGACGUUAAGAACCAACACGAAGAACGUGACGGAGAUGUCGUCAAGGGUUACUACACCUUGGUACAACCUGAUGGUGUCACCCGUACCGUCCACUACACCGCUGACUCCCACAAUGGAUUCAACGCUGAAGUCGAAUACAAAGGAGAACCAAUUGUCCAAAAAGCUGUUGUAGCCAAAGCUUUUAUCCCAACUAAGACUGUCGUAUCUGCCCCAGUAUACCAAGCCUACCAUCAUUAA